AUGUCGAACCCAUCAGACCUCCUUAACCAAGCCAGAUCAGCUGCUACAGCUGUAGCCUCAACAGUAGUCAACACAGCUACCAGCGCUGUCAACCAAGCUACCGCGCUAGCCGGACAAGCCGCCAAUUCCGAUGCAGCCGCCAGCGUAACCUCAUCCGCCAAGUCACUCGGGUCACAAGCCGCUUCGACCGCUGGAUCACUCGCUGGUCAAGCUCACGCCCAAGCCCAUGCCCUCGCUCCGACCGUUAUCCCUGCACCCGCUGCCGGUGUCGCCGAAGGUGUAGACAACAGAGGUGAUUUGAGUCCUACAGAUGAAGUUGGGAAAGCAAAGUUUGAGAAGUUGUUUGAAAGCAGACAUUCCGCCGAUGAAUUGAAGGAUAAAGGUAUUCUCAAGGGCGAACCUGGCGAUUCCCUGGCUGGCAAACGAGCUGGCCUUGAGAAAGCAAUGCACAAAGACCAACUCGACAAGGAAAUUGCCCAACGACCUCAACCUGAAGAGCUGGUCAAAAAAGGUAUUUUAAACCCCGACGAAGCCCCGCCCACUCGAUAA